CGCUCUCAUUCAUAGCGGACUCUUCGCGCCGAAACGCUGGAUGACAAACACAUCCGCUUAAGCCACAGUUAACCGACACAUCGCCAAUAUCAGUUCAGCUGGAGAAGAUGAAGUUGCGGUGGAGCUGGACGUGCUUCUUGUUACUCUCCAUCUCCAUGGUAACAUUGGCCCAGGAUGAAGACCUGGAGGAUGAAGAGGAAGCUCAAGUGGAAGAUGGAGAUUUGGACAUGGAGGCUGACAGCUCUGAAAGCGUUGAAGCUGAUGCUAAUGUGUCCUUUCAGGUAACGUACAAAACUCCAGUUCCAACAGGAGAUGUUUUCUUCACUGAGACAUUUGAUGACGGAUCUUUGGGCAGUUGGCAGGUGUCUAAAACAAUGAAGGAGGACGCUGAUGAAGAUAUUGCAAAAUAUGAUGGUAAAUGGGAGGUUGAGCCCCUGAAGGAAAAUACAGUGCCUGGUGAUUUAGGUUUGGUGCUGAAAUCUCGUGCCAAGCAUCAUGCAAUCUCGGCUCUGCUUAACAAACCAUUUGUGUUUAAGGACAAACCUCUCAUCGUCCAGUACGAGGUCAAUUUUCAAGAUGGAAUUGACUGUGGCGGUGCCUACAUCAAGCUUUUGUCAGACUCUAAAGACUUAGAGCUGGAACAGUUCCAUGAUCGCACACCGUACAGCAUCAUGUUUGGGCCAGACAAAUGUGGAGAAGACUACAAACUGCACUUCAUCUUCAGACAUAAAAAUCCCCUCAAUGGAGACGUGGAAGAAAAACAUGCCAAACGACCCGAUGUUGAUCUGAAGAAGAUCUACACUGAUAAAAAGACUCACCUCUUUACACUUGUUCUGAAUCCUGACAAUAGCUACGAGACCUUCAUUGACCAGUCCAGUGUUAGCAGGGGAAGUCUGUUGACCGAUGUCGUUCCACCUGUCAACCCUCCAAAAGAGAUCGAUGAUCCCAAAGACUCCAAACCGGAGGACUGGGAUGAGAGAGCCAAAAUCCCAGACCCAGAAGCUGUUAAACCUGAAGAGUGGGAUGAAGAAGCCUUAGCUAAGGUUCCUGAUCCAGAUGCAGUGAAGCCUGAUGGUUGGCUGGAUGAUGAGCCAGAGUUUGUGUCUGACCCCACUGCUGAAAAGCCUGAUGACUGGGAUGAGGAAAUGGAUGGAGAAUGGGAAGCUCCUCAGGUUCCAAAUCCGGCAUGUACAUCUGCUCCAGGCUGUGGUGAAUGGAAGCCACCCAUGGUCAAUAAUCCUAAGUAUAAGGGCAAAUGGAAAGCUCCUCUUAUAGACAACCCCAACUACCAGGGUGUGUGGAGUCCACGUAAGAUCCCAAACCCCGACCACUUUGAGGACCUUCACCCAUUUCGGAUGGAGCCAUUCAGAGCUGUGGGUCUGGAGCUUUGGUCUAUGACAUCCGACAUUUACUUUGACAAUUUUAUUAUCACCACAGAGAAGGAAGUGGCGGACCGCUGGGCUGCAGACAGCUGGGGACUCAAAAAACUUGUGGCGAGUGCCAACGAGCCUGGAGUGUUGAGUCAGCUGGCACUGGCUGCCGAAGAGAGGCCAUGGCUGUGGGUGAUUUACAUCCUUACCAUCGGUUUGCCAAUUGGACUGGUUGUGCUUUUCUGCUGGCCAAAGAAGUCAGAUGAUGACUAUGUCUACAAGAAAAUCGAUCAGCCCAAAACAGAAUCAGAGGAGGUGGCUGAAGAAGAAGAAGAAGAGGAGGAUGAGGAGGAAGGGGACGGAAAAGGAAAGGAUGAUGAUGAAGCUAAAGCAGAGGAAGCUACUGAAGCUACUGCAGGGGAUGAGAAUGGAGAUAUGAUGGGGCAGGAAAAUGGAGAAGAUGGAGGAGAAACAGAGGAGGAGGAAGAGGAAGAGGACGAAGAGGAGGAAGAGGCCAUUAAGCCAAAUGAAACGGCCUCAGAGGAUGAAAUGAAGGACGCCGACGAGGGACUCGAAAGCAGAGAAGAAGAGCCUAAAGCUGUGAGAAAGAGAAGAGUACGAAAGGACUGAAACCCCACCUCUUCCCUACGUUUCCUCCCGUCUCUUGUUCCUUUGCCUCUUUUUGCUGCAUGCUUUCGGCUUUACGCCCUUUAGCAUGCAAAAAACGGCAAACCUAGCCGCUCUCCUGAAGAGGUCAUCCUUCAUCCGGCUCAACCUCGCCUCCCCUCUUUCAGUCUUCCGCUUAGUUCUUAUCGGUUACCGUCGGGAUUUAGAUCCAAAAGUCAGACCUGCUGAGUUUUUCUCCUUUCCUUUUUAGAUUAGAAUUCAAGGAGUAGCACUGGACCGGUGUUUCCCUACAAGAGUCCUGAAAACUGUGAAGGGAAGUUAACAUUUUAGACAGAUAAACUAGUUUAUGAUCACCUCAACGUUUCAGUUGGUUAAGUUAUUAAAAAGGGUUCCGUUCCUUUUAAGCUAUGAGCUUUUUAACAUGAUCAAAUUGCUCUGAUCGUAUUUAUUGUUUGAAAAAUAUGACACUUUAAGCAUAGACUUUUUUUAAUCUUGCAUUUUGUUGUUAUUUUAGCACAGUUAGAGCAGGCCGUGGAGAAGACGAACUAGGUCAGUGGAGUGCUAGGAACGCAGAACAGUAUUGCUUUUUGGCAUCAGAGUAAGUCAUUACGCACAGUCAAGAGCUGACACACUCUCAAACCGUAAGCACACACACACAAAACACUCCCACUGACAGCAGACUGACCGCCACAGAGCUCUCUGGAAGCAGACAGGUUGUUUUUCCAGUGAUGAACAGUUUUGUUUUUCUGCUUUUUGUUUCGUUUUAUAGUUCAUGUGUUCAGCCUUACGAGGAAAGCCUUUUGUUUACAUGUUUGCAAACUGUUCAUUGCUCUUGGAAAUAAAUAUUUACUAUAAAAGUCUGUGCGCUGCUGCCAUGACUUCAACCA